UCAUCAAUCACAAUCAAAAGUGAAAAUGUCGCAAAUCAUAUUAGAAAACAGUAACAAAAAUUCAGUUCCGGUCACAGAACCCGUCAGGAACCCCACGAAGGAAAUAGUGAUAACGAAUGCAAAAAUAGCGCCAAAUUUAUCGUUUAGUAAUAUUCCAGUGUGUCGCAUUUGUCAGACGAAUAGUGCAACGGAACAUUUGAUUUCGCCCUGCAACUGUAAGGGUACUUUGGCUUAUAUCCAUUUAACUUGUUUGGAAAGAUGGCUGAACCAGUCCGGUAGAAAUUUUUGUGAACUUUGUCAUUUCAGGUACGAAGCAGUUCAAACUCAACGUUACGGACUUUGCGAAGGUCUAAGAAUAUGGAUCUGUCACCCACGAAAUCGCACUCACAUCCGUUCAGAUUUGGUAAUAGGGGUGCUCCUAUCUCUAGUUACAUCAGGCCUCCUAUUUAUUUGUAUCUACGGCAUGGACUACUUUACCUACCAGGCGGAAAAAGUGGGGAUUGAUAAGGCUUGGAUUAGAUUCACCCUUAUCACGUUUUUAGUUAUAAUUUUACUGGGUUACGUCACGUCCAUAUAUCUACUAUUGAGGGAUCAUUUUGUUCCUUGGUACCAUUGGUGGACCCACGCGAUGAAUAUAACUCUUCAAAUUCCCUGUAGAAGACAGUGUAGACAAGCAACGGAUGUUUCAUAAAAUAGUAAUAAAGUAUGUAAAAAGAA